AUGUCGCUCAAUAUACCAAAUGCCCCGAACGCGGGCCUCUUCAAGGGAGGAUACAACAACUACGACUCUGAAGAUGGCGCAGUCUUGCGGAAUAUCGAGGCCUGCAGGGCCAUCGCCUCAACGGUACAGACCUCGCUGGGCCCGUACGGCCGUAACAAAAUCGUCAUCAACCACCUGCAAAAGAUGAUUCUCACGUCGGACGCUGCCACCAUCCUGCGCGAGCUCGACGUCGUCCACCCUGCCGCCAAGCUGCUCGUCAUGGCGAGCCAGCAGCAAGAUGCUGAGAUGGGCGACGCCACCAACCUGGUCAUCGUCCUUGCCGGCGAGCUGCUGCGCAAGGCCGAGGAGCUGCUGCGCAUGGGUCUCAAGACGGCCGAUAUUGUCACGGGCUACGAGAGGGCUCAGAACUUUGCCCUCGAGACGCUGGAGGAGCUCGAGGUCGACAAGGUCGAGGACCUGCGCAGCGAGGAGGAGCUGAGCAAGGCGCUGAGGACGGUCAUUGCGAGCAAGCAGAACGGUAACGAGGACUUUUUGGCCGACUUGGUGGCCGAGGCCGUCCUGGCCGUCAUGCCCAAGAACCCGGCAAACUUCAACGUGGACAACGUGCGCGUAGUCAAGAUCAUGGGUGGAGGCCUGGAGCAGAGUCGCGUGGUCAAGGGUAUGGUCUUCUCUAAGGAGCCCGAUGGAUCGGUCAAGAAGGCGAAAAAGGCCAAGGUAGGCGUCUACACAUGCCCGAUCGACAUCAGUCAGACCGAGACCAAGGGCACAGUUCUGCUCAAGAACGCCAAGGAAAUGUUGGACUUUAGCAAGGGCGAGGAGGCCCAGCUUGAGGCCGCCAUCAAGGAGCUGUACGACGUCGGCCUCCGGGUGGUCGUUGUCGGGUCGACGGUUGGUGAGCUUGCCAUGCAUUACUUGAACCGAUACGGCAUCCUCUGCAUCAAAAUUCUCAGCAAGUUUGAGCUCAGGAGAGUAUGCCGCGUCGUGGGCGCCACUCCUCUAGCCCGGCUCGGUGCUCCCAUGCCGGACGAGAUGGGCUCCGUCGACAUUGUGGAGACAGUAGAGAUUGGUGGCGACCGCGUUACCGUCUUCCGUCAGGAGGACGAUGUAACAAGGACAGCUACUGUUGUUCUGCGUGGCGCUACGCAGAACCACCUCGACGACAUCGAACGUGCUGUCGACGACGGUGUCAACGUCGUCAAGGCCAUCACCAAAGACCCCAGGCUGGUCCCCGGUGCCGGCAGCACCGAGGUUCAGCUCGUGGAGCGCCUUCAAGCCUUUGGCGACAAGACCGCAGGUCUGUCACAAUACUCUAUCAAGAAAUUCGGCGAGGCAUUCGAGGUCGUACCCAGGACCAUUGCGGAGAGUGCAGGUCUUGAUGCCACAGAGGUGUUGAGUAGGCUAUAUGCUGCUGCGCACAAGAAGGAGAAAUGGACUACUGGUGUUGACAUUGAGAACGAGGACGGCACCGGCACCCUGGAUGCUCAAGAAGAGGGCAUCUUGGAUCUACUCGUCUCGAAGCAGUGGGCCAUCAAGCUUGCCACAGAAGCCGCAAGGACGGUUCUCUCCGUGGAUCAGAUCAUUGUAGCCAGACAAGCCGGCGGCCCGAAGCCACCUGGACCGAACCCGAACUGGGAUGAGGAUUAG